UCCUUUUUCAACCAAAGUUUUCUUUUCUUUUCUUUUCUUUCAUUACCCAAUGAAGGAGCUCAUCCGCCGUCUCACCCGCGUCGCCGACACUUCCUCUCAGUACAGCCUUCUCCGUUCCGACACGACUUCCACGCGCCAUCGCACCGCGGUCGUGCGUCGGGCCGAAUCUUUCCGCAUGGCUGUCGCUUCGUUGAAAAAGUAUUCGCGCCGGUCGGUCCCCGAGGGUCACGUCCCGGUCUACGUCGGGGAGGAGAUGGAGCGGUUCGUGGUGAACGCGGAGUUGUUGAACCACCCUGUUUUCGUCAGCUUGCUCAACAAGUCGGCCCAAGAGUAUGGGUAUGACCAGAAAGGGGUGCUUCAUAUUCCGUGUCACGUGCUGGUUUUCGAGCGGGUUAUGGAAGCGUUGAGACUAGGGGAUGAGUCACGUGACCUCCAGGAUCUCCUCCGUUCUUUCUCCGACUACUGUUUUUUGGAGUUGUAGGAGAAGAGUAGCUGGAACGGGACGAUGUCGUUUUUUGUUUUUUGGGGUUUUCUUUUUGUGUUCCUUUUGUGUAAAUAUGGAAAAUUAGAGGGAAAGUAAAGCAAUUCAGUGUUUUUCGUAGUUCUUACAGACUUACAGUGUAAAGAGGAUUGUAUACAAAUGGAGUUCAGUUUUUUUUUU